AUGGCUCGAAUGACUUACGUUAAAGUCUGUGCGUUCAUCAUGGUUCCACUGUCUUUUAUAGCAGCACUGCCAAGUAAAUUUACCUAUUUUCUCUUCGCUGCCAUAUUUGGUUUCUUGGCAUGCAUCACGAUUUUAGCGUGUGUUCAUAUUUUUAGCCAACACAGAUCAAAAUCUCACAAUUUUCGAAGUCUGCUUCAGAAUUAUGUGGCUACUAUGGUUCUGCGGAUUUACGGAGGGCGGAUAAGAAAACGCUUUGAUCGGGAGGCAAACGACUGUCGAGAAGUACAAGAAAAGUUUCUGAUGGAGAUAAUAAGCAGCAAUCGAAACACCGUUUUUGGGCGAGAGUACAACUUUGAAAGCAUCCAGAACAGUGCAGACUUCAUAAAACUUGUUCCACUGACGACCAAGGCUUCUUACCAGGAAUAUGUGGGUAAGCCAUCACGCACACUCUUGUAACCGUAGCCAUUCACCUAUUGUAAGUUCUUUGUGUCAGGGUUGCGUGACGACGCAAAAAACGGCUUCGUAGAAAACUAGCGCCCCACGGUUAUUGUGAUAAUCUGCAUGCACACGAGCGCGGGGGAGAUGCAAUCCCUUAAAUUGACCCUAAACUGGUAUGAGCUGCCUAACAGGGUGGGGUUUUCGGGGUCCUGAGAAUUUUACAGGGUAUCUAGCCUGUAAACACUUAAAUUGAUGUUUUAAAUGGUUCAGUAAAGGAUGUCUGGGAAGGCUAUUCUUCGGGGCAUGCACGUAGUAGUAGCAGGACCUGGGAUACUGCUAAGAAACAGCCCAGGUUGAGAUUUCAUGUCAGAAAUAGGCCUUGCAUUUGCAGUCAGCAAUGAAGCAAGUAGACAAAAUAAAUAAAAGUAAUGCCUAAUUUUAUUGUUUCUACCGAAACUUUUUUUUUUUUUUCAGAUCUGACUCAUUGACUCAUGACUCAUUGACUCAUUUGACUCAUAAAACAUCCGUUCUCCUUAAACUUCGCUUAAAAAUGUCUUAAAUAUUUGCUUGCGAUUUCUCUUAACAAGACAGGAUCGCUAAGGGUGAAGAUGCGGUGUUGACAAUAGAAAAGACAAGUAAACUGGCCGUGACGUCAGGAACCACAGGCUCCCCAAGUAUGAUACCUCGUGUUCAGAGUCAAGCGUAUUUAUUCUUUAUGGCAAGAGCUGCACUCUCGAGUGCGAUGUAUUCGGCGUUUCCUGAGGUAAGUGAAGAAGGUACACGUAUUACCGCACUUCAAGAAAAACGCUCUUUCUCGUCAACACUAGCGGGAAGGGGGGUACCUCUCUAUAUAAGUAAGUGUAUUGACAACAGAGGGAAGUUAAAGAUACCACGGCUAUGAAAGCGAAAGCGUCACUUAAACAUUUGAAACUUGAGUGCGAUUACUCUCCCAACUCGCUCACUUUGUAACAUGAAGGUUAACUCUCCUGCAGUUAAAUUCGUAAGGAAAAUUUUCAAGUCCAAAAAGAGAAAGAUAAAUUCUUCGUCGUUUGUUUUCGUUCUCGAUAAAAGGUAAUGUUCUAGUAGUGUUGUAGUCACCGCAAAGAUCAGAAGUGUACAAAAAUUGUGCUGCACGUGGAAGGUUGUUGGUUUUGCUAAUCUAAAUCAUUUGUGUCCUAGCUAAUUCAAAGUCGUCUCCAGGGCUUUUCCCUUAAAAAAUGGGUGGGGCCAAUUUUUUUAAGGGAAAAGCCCUGGGGACGAUGUUGCCAGCUAAUUCAGAGCCUUGUGAUUCGUUUGCGAUCUAUUGGUCUUACAGUGGACCUCCAGGUUUUGUAUUGUAGCUAACAUGACAUUAUUUUAUUCUCUAAAUUGCAGACAUUUAAUCUUCAGAAAACUCUGGGAUUCUACAGACCAGGUAGAAACAUAGAGACGACUGCAGGCGGAAUUCCUAAAGGUGGUAUUAGCAAUGUUACACCAACCGGAUUCCAGUUGGCAAUAUUCUCAACGCCAGGGCCUGGCUUUCACAUUUUGGAAAGCCACGCGUCGUACUAUGUUCACUUGCUAUUUGGUUUAAAGGAUCGCAACAUCGGAACUGUAUUUUCAAACUUGGCCGCGUACACGUAUAGAGGUUUCCUUGAACUAGAGAAAAACUGGCAACGUCUUGUGAAGGAUAUUGAAGAAGGAAGUUUGGAUUCUGAUUUAGAAUUGGAUGCUAAGAUAAGAAGGUAAGAAUUACACCCCACAGCGUAUUGGGCUUUCAGGCUAUUUAAAAUAUCUAUUCUUUUGCGCCAAAAUAGCUCUCAACCGGAUAAAAACAGUUCAGUGUCUAGCAACAGAGAAGCAAUAGCGAAUAGAUGGAAAAAUAUUUAACAAAUUAGUUCAACCAGUUUAUUGGAAAAGCUUCUGAAAGACGUACGCACUGUUCCCAGGCUAUUUUCAGAUACACGGACUCAGUUUUCUUAUUUCAAUUGUGUCAGCGGUACUCUCCUCUUUUGCGUUGUAACCACGUUUUUUUUGCUCAUCCAUAUUCCGACGAGUAGGAGAGGACCUUGUUAACGAGGUGGUACAAAUCCUGUGAACUGUCUAAAGUUUAUCAAAAUUAUAUCAAAACAGAUCGUGAUCAGUCAAACUGAAACAAAUGCGUAGCAUAAAAUUGGCCUAUGAACACUGGUAACGCCUUUCCAUCCUUCGAUAUUGAUGGAAAGUGUCAAGUUGUGUCUUUGCAUACUGAGAGCCGAUCUCUUUUGUCUCUUAUCUCAGUAAUAUCAUGAGGUGAAACUCUCGCUAUUUUGGCUCUAGCUUAUAACUCUAUACGCACUGAAGAUUGAGAUAAGUCGGCAUGUCGGUUUUGUUUUACAUUGUAAAUUUUAAUUACUAAUAGUAACCUUGAUCGUGCUGACCAUGAGAUCUAUAUAUGUGGUCUUUUUGGGAGUAAUGUCCUUUUUUAAUCCAAAAUAUUGAGACCACUACCUAGGAUACGUUUGUUUAGUUGUGAAGUGCAACCAAACAUUAUUAUCAUCUCCUACAUAAGGAGCAUUUUCUCCUAUAUGAGGGGCAUUUAGCUUUUUUUGCCACUUGUUCUCUUUCCUACUUCGUACUCAGUUGAAAGGCCAGCGAAAAGCAAUUCUCUAGCUGUUCUUUAAAGACUCGACCUAAGUUAGGAACAUAGUAGGGGAAAGGAAUUCGAUCCUUCCGUCAACCACGCCUUCGCUGGUCUUCGCUCUAUGUUGCCUUUUGUUGGAACACAUACCUCUCGCAAAGCUUUUAAUCACGACGACUGGUACGAGGACAAUAAAAGAGUCGAAAUCAAGAGAUCUUGGGUACUUACCAUUUACAUGGAAAAAAAACAGAAACUCUGGUUGGAAAAUCAAAGUGUCUUUCCGUGUGGAAAGCUUCAGAAAGUAUGGGAUGUGAUUUGAGCCGAUGCAACUUUCCCUCUUGUUUAGUCUUUCAGCUGAUUUGGAUAUUUAUUUAUUUAUUUAUUUAUUUAGCUUCGCCUAAUAGAAUACAAUCUUUAUACAUGAAUACAUAAAAAUUAUUAGCCUAACCAAUUACCGUGGAUCCCUCGUUAACAAAAAAAAAAUAAUAAAUCGUUAAAAAAAAAAAACUUAAUGACUAAAGCUACUGAUAUAUAAGAAGAAAAGUCAAAAGGAAACAAAACAGAAGUUCAAAUUGCUAGAAGCAGCACGUCGGCGGGCACAGGAGAGUCCUCGCUAUGUUGGACCUGGGAGAGAUUGUUCUCUAGUUUCUGAUGUCGUCAACGUCGUACAGGUCCAGAGCCUUAUUCAGGGGCACCCAACGGCAAUUUUCGGAGAAUAUCUGUUCGGGAAACGAUUUGAGAUUUAGAAUCGUCGGAACAUUUGUUGUAAAAUUUCUUGCUUGCCUGCCUCUCCCAGGAUUUUCGAACAUCUAAAAAAUGGUAUCAUUGCCCAUUUUUAACAGAUUUUUACCCUAAAAAGGUCACUUAGAAUUUUCGGGAACCUUUUUUCUGGCUGAAAUUUUCAAAAAGGCAAGUUUGGAUCCCUAUAAUGUUCGGAUCACUAGACUUUCAGUUAGGAAAUCCGAACAGAUGAAAAAUUUUUAGGGGAUAAAAAUAUGCCUAUAUCUACCGUUUUAAAAAAAAUACGUUUAAAAAUGUUAUGUUUAUAAAAGUGGUUUUGAACUAUUUUCUCGUUGGGUGCCCUCGUCUAUUGUAAUAUUGAAAUAAUGGAUAGUACUUCGUAGCAGGCCCGCCCACCACGUUCAAUCUAUAGUUUUAUGUUUAUGAACCAGAUUUCCACCCGGGUGGUUUGUGUAAAUGGUAAGCCUCUAGUGCCGGUUAGUGCGCUCAAUAACCUGAUCAGGAAAUAACGAUGAAAACACGUGAACGAUAAAGAGUAACAUAUUGUUAACAAUGUGGUGCUGUUUCAGUGAGCUGAAAAGGUGUCUUGAGCCCGACAAGAAACGAGCUGAAGAAUUACGAAAAGAAUUCCAGGCAGGAUUUGAUGGAAUAGCAUCAAGAAUCUGGCCAAACUUAAGGAUUAUACUCUGCGUAACUACAGGUAUGGUAGAAAAUAUUGCAGGCUUUUGUCUCUAUCAGAUAAGAGAAUAAAAGGGGACACGAGGAUAGAUCGCUUCUCGCCCGUCGCAGGAAAACCUUAAGUCGUUUCAGAACACGACCAUGAGCUCUGUCAUUGGCUAUAUUUUACUUUAUUUAAUAAUAAUAAUAAUAAUAAUAAUAAUAAUAAUACAUAUCAUUUAUAUUGCUCAAAUUAACAUAAAAAUAUGGUCAAAUGCGCAUUACACAGAUGAAGAAUUAAAAUUAAUAAAAUGUAUAUACAAUAUGAAUGCAAAACAACUUAAAAUAUAAGAUAAACGCUGUAAGAAUUCUGAGACGCUAAAGUAGGUUAAAAAGGCUUUUAAAAGGUUAAAAAAUAAACGUUAAAAAGCUUUAAAAGUACGUUAAAGUAACUACAUGUAAGUGAUAAGCUAUUUUAAAAUAAUAGUUCUUGAGCAAGUGAAGUUCUUAAAUGUAUUAAAGUUCUUUUCCUUCCUGAUAUGUAAUGGAAGCCAGGUUGUUCCAUACUUUCGGUGCACCGGUUGAAAACGCUCAGUCUCCCAGUGUUUUCUUUGUCAUGAUAGAAGGGGCAAUUAGUACUAAGACAAUCCCGUCACUUGAUCGAAGAUUAUAACGUGAUUACUCUCUCACUAUUAAAAGACUACUAAGAUAUUGUGGAGCUAAAGCGUAUAUACAUUUAAAAGCAAGAAUUGCAAUUCAUCAUUGCAAUUUCCAUCAUUUCCAGUUCCUCAUCAGAAACCUGGCUUAAAAAUGAUGCGAUUACAACGUUUUCUCUUGCCUCUUUAUUCAGGGCGACAAGAAUUGUAUGCAACAAGGCUGCGAGAAAAAUACACAGAUGACGUGCCUAUGUACUCUGCACUUUACACAAGUACUGAAUCAGUCAUUGGUGUCAAUUUAUGGCCAAAAGAUAAGCCGACGUAUCUUCCUGUGCUGUCAGCUGCCUUUUUUGAAUUUGUUCCUGUUGAAAAUUGUCAUAAAGAACAAGCUAAGGUAGGUUUUCUCUGUACAGUAACCCGUAAAAAAAGUGCUUUUCACUUCUCCUUCUUUUCAGCGCCACUCCACUUUUCAGCACCACUCUCAUCAUAAACGAAAUAGAAAAGGUGUCUCGUGAUCGCACACUCACUCACUCAACCUCUUCAUCUUGGCUGGGAUGAAAGAGCGCGCGUUUGCGAUCGCAGCAUUCAUGAAUUGAUCAUGAUCAUGUGUAACGUUAUUAAAAGGCUGACUCCGAGAAUAUGCAAGAUGAAGUGGAUCCUGCAUUCUGAUGGGCUUUUCGGGAAUUCCUGUUUUGAUCCCAGAAGUUGCAUAAUUCACUCACUUCGUUCCAGUCCAUGAAAAGGUACCAAAAAAACUCAGUUGGCAAAUAUCUAGCCACCUGAACCUUUUCGAACCUGCCUUCCCCUCCCCCAUCGCAAUGUUGAUGAGAAAUGAAUUUUGAACUCCUGUUUCCUUUCCAACCUUGUACAGGAGAACUGAUUGUUUCAAUAUAUAUAGUAUAUGUGUGUGAAUGUUUGUGUGAAUUUGCUUAAGGUUGCUCGUUAAGUUUUUGCUUUAAAACGGGCAUCGCGUGUGUUCAAGCCAGAGUAGCGGGAGAAAAAAGAGGGCAGCUGCCGUCGAGCCUGAUGCUGGGAGAUAGCACAGAAACAGACCUAACAGUGAGUGGGUGACUGGGAGCUCUGUGUCAAAAGUAGGAAAGUAGUGGGGAGGGGGCUUUUGACACUUUUAUUAGAGUUUCAAUGUAGAAAGCAGUAAAAAAAGUCAAGGAAUUUUGCCUGCGGGGUGGUCCAACCAAAUCAAUGCUCUGACUGAUAAUCAUGAUGAGAAUAGCAGUGCUAGGUGGAGGAGUGAUUGAUUAGUGAUGGGUGUCAUGGGUGUGGAGGGUGAGUUUUGGGUUCUUGAGUUUGGCUCUCAAGAGACCGAUUGCAUGCACAUUCUAACAAAUCCAGUCAGGUAAACUGUCUAUAAAUGACUAUACCGGACUUACUAUACAGUCUAAACUGUGUACCUUGCUGUUGUUGAAGGUUUUCCAGGUGACUUUAGUAAAGAAUUUCCCUCCUUUGCUUGCCUUCAUAGACUUGUUUAGCCGAAGAUCUCGAAGUAAACUCUCUCUACGAGCUGGUUAUAACCACGCCGGGUGGUCUUUACCGAUACAGAAUGGGGGAUGUGGUGAGAGUCGCACGCUUCCACUACAAGUCUCCUGUCUUGGAAUUCCAGUACCGUAGAGGCACAGUUCUUCCUUGUCAUAUGACUGAGAAAAUGGUCUACGACGCAUUGUGUGAAUCUGUUGAAAGUUUCAAAGAAAUUAAACUGGUUGAUUACACAUGCGCAGGAAGUCUGCUAUUUGAUGGUAUCUCCUCAGAGACUGGAACCAAGAAAGGACCAGAGCAGGCUCCUUUCCAUAUCGUGUUUGUAGAGCUGAGCGGUUUCUUGACAAAAGAAGAAACGUGUUUUCUUCAAGAAAAGGUAUAGUUAUAGCUGUGCAGAUUCAGGUGGAUGGUUGGUUGUUUUUCGAGUAGAAUCUCUUGUUUGAGGUUUGUGCCAAAGUUUCCGUUGGCCUUGGGAGCCGGCUCUUCUACAACGCUCACUUUGUGCAUGCCCCCUUAUAGUAGAGAGCCUGCAAUAAAGCUAGUUGAAAAAGAAACUUGAGACCACACUUUCGAUUGGUAUGCAUCGCUGUACAACGCCUUUUUUUAAACCAGGACAGGCGCGUCAGAACUGAUUAAUGCGAGCAAGUUACCGGUUACGGCCGUUGGUUUUGGUUUUAGUUGUGAUUGGUUGAGCCGUGGCAAGAGAUUUCUCAGUCAACUACAACUUCUUUCGAAACCCAUAAAAAAAAACCCUUUUUAAAAAAAGUUUCUUUUUUUUCCCAUUAUAUUCUUCUUUAAGGCAUUGUUUACCUUAAAAAAUAAGACGAAAAUUCAUUACUCGUUUCACCAACAAUUUUUGCUUUUCUAACUCAAGGUUUCUCUAUCCAAUUUGUAGAACACUGUCAUUUGCGCACGUUUUCAUACAGUUAUUCCCCUUGUUUUACAGCUUGAAGAGGCUCUUUGCAACCACAACAGUUCUUACCGCGAUUUUCGAAAGAAUGGUGAAGAGUCGCCUGUUUUCCUGUACCGAGUGAAACAAGGGACCUUCGAUCUCCUGAUGAAGCAUCUCAUGGAAGCUAACCCUAUGACGUCACCAAUUCAGUUCAAAAUCCCACGGUUAAUAAAAACCAAGGCUGCGGGAAAAUUAUUGCUUGAAAACUUGCAUCCCCAGCAAGAAUACAUGAAGUAAUUAUCAAAUUACAGUGGAAGCUCUCUUAAGCAGACGCCCUCGGGACGCGAAAAAGGUGUCGGUAACUAGGGCUGGCCGCUUUCGGAGAAUGGUUCUCGUAUUCGUCAACUAGAGGUGUAAGGGUUAGAUGGACGCUAAGGGAGCUUGCCCAACUACAAAUAAACAUUUCAAUUAACCUG